UCGUACAAGCCCUGGGCAAAAGGUGUUAAGCCAUUAUUUGCCCAUGAGGCCCAUCAAUUUCUGCGUCACUCCUCCCGCAUACGCACAUUGAACAUAAAAUCUGAAUAUCCGCAUCUUCUCUCUGCCAUCCCUGCCGAGGCAUGCGUAUUUCCGAGGCUGAAGUCAUUAAGUUUUUCCACCACAUAUUUGAACCUCUUUCUGCCUCGCAUGCUGCACCGACGUCAUCUAUUGAGCGUCGACGAGGGUCUGCAAUCUUUUGUGACACGUUGCAUUGCUCUGGAGCAUUUAUGCAUCUACACUCCUCUAAGCGAUGAUGAUGGCAGCACAGCAAAUGAACUGUCCUUCUUAUCCGAUAGGAUUCAUUGGUGCACACGACUUGUAACUCUUUCUUGUCCAAUGCUCGACUGGGCAGCAUGGAAGCACCUCUCCUGCCUCCCUACCCUUCUCGAAUUGAAAAUUGAUCAAGGAUGUAUUGACCCUCCUUCGCUGCCAAAACAAGAUAUCGUGAAUCUAUCAUUUCUUAACAUCACAAGCCUCUCCUUUCGACAGCUGUUCGAUGCUGCAGACUUCAUCACAGUCAUGCAACAUUCGCAAUUUCCCUCACUGAAAGAGUUCGAGUUUGAAGCCCACUUUCUGUCUUCAGAAGAGGCUGAGCAACUCUUUCAUGCUCUGUCCUGCUGCAAUGCGUAUCGGACUCUAGAAGAAAUCACCAUUAUUUCCUAUGAUAACGAUUCCAUAGGACCCGAAUACGACGAGUUUUUGACACCAAUUCCGCAUCUCCUUUGUUUUACACAGCUCCGAACCCUGAAGCUCAUAUCUGAGAAAUUCCACAUCUACCUGGACAAUGACAUGCUCUUGCAAGCUAUGUCUAGUUGGCCGCACAUCCGCACUCUAGAAAUCAAAGAAUCUGAUCCUCCUUCCGAAGUCACCCUCCGUGGUUUAUUCACAGCGCUCGGUCCAUGUCCGCAAUUGCAUACACUACGAUUUCCAGUCAAUCUUGCAACUAUCGACAUCGAUCCUGAUACCGAGCCAAUACAACAUACCUCCCUACGAUCAUUGGAUUUGGAGAAAUCCAAGCUUCAAAUAGCUAGUGCUGCUGCGGUCCGGUCCAGAACCAUGGUUCAAACCGGACUUUUGAUCCGGUUCUCCGCGGUUCGGUCCAUGGUUCUCGCGCCAGCCAGAACCAGACCGGAAAACGGUUCUCGGUUCUAG